CCCUAAAUUCGUGGCUAGACGUUGUUGUGUCUCGUUCGAAGCUUUAGAGCCUUGACAUUUUAGGGUGCAGAGGUUAAACGCUGCCUAUAACAUAAACUGACAAAAUCUGAUAGAUUUUAUUUUUUUCCUUCUUAGUAUUUGAAACUCGACACCGGUGAUGUUUCAGCGCCCUGUGCUGCGGAUUGAUAUUCCAUUGGAACCGACAAUGUGGAGGCUGUGAAAAUGUCUACUUGGGAAAAGAAAUGAUUGCAGUUUAACUAAAUAGAAGGAAACCGAGUAACGAGUUAUGGUCCACGUUUAAGACGUGAGGUCGGCUCUGUAACGAAGACAAAAAAAGGAGGCGAGGCGACAGAGGAACCGUCUAUAUUGUCCUUCCUGCGCUUCAUCAAGCCCCACACAGUCCGUCCGGGACCACGGGGAGGAUUCUAUCCCUAACUUUGUUUUUCCCCUUCUUCUGACACACUUCAUAUCACUCCCCGCCGCUGGAUGCCACACAGCUAACUCCAGUCUGUUGCUGAGACUGAAAAAGCCCAGUGAACAGCAUCAGAGAAUGGCUGCAGUUGAAAACGACAAGGAGCUGAGCGACUUGCUGGAUUUUAGUGCGAUGUUUGAACCUCCAGUUUCGAAUGGAAAGAACGGGCCGACUACUCUUGCCAGCAGUCAGUUUGGAGGUCCUGGUAUAGAUGACAGGAGAGGGUCCACCAGUCCUUGGGGACCAGGGGAACAGACUAGCCCAUCUUUCAACCAAGGAAGGGUUUAUGAGGAGGGUUUGUACAGUGAGAGAGAAAGCCUGGCCUCUACCCCAGUAUUUGGAUCAGGGAUCACUGGGAAGGCUCAGCGAAGCUCUUAUUCAUCAUUUGGGACGCAGCCCGGUUUUAUGCCAAGUGAGUUACCCCUUCCCAGUCCUGAUAGCCUUUCUCCUCCUGCUACCAAGUCCAAUUCCCAGCUGUAUUCAUCCUAUGAGAAGAGGAGAGCAUCACAGGACCUCACUGCAGAACCGCAGCCCAAAAAGAUACGAAAGUUGCCACUUGGCCUUCCUUCCUCAGUUUAUCCAACACCCACUGGAGAUGAUUUCAAUCGGGACACUUCUUGCUUCCCAGCCUCCAAAGCAGGAAAUGUCUACCCAUCUUUCUACGGGCAAGAAGGCCUCCACCCGCCCUCUGAUCCUUGGGGCUCUGCUGGGUCGAUGAUUCAGCCUGGUUAUUCUGCGGUGUUAGGAAACUCCCCCCAUCUGGGCCAGCAUGGUCCAUUCACUGCAAUCAACCCUCAAGACAGAAUGAAACGGCAUCCCCUUCCCCUCUCCCCGCAAAACUACCCCCUACACGGCAGUGAGGUGAAUGGAGCUCAUCCUGCCAGCUUCCACACAGGCUCUAGCAGCUUCGGAGUUCCCAACCAUACACCCCCUAUCGCUGGCACUGAAACUAUUUUGGCAAAUCGAGGGGCUGUACCUGGAAGUUCUGGUGAUGAGAUUGGAAAAGCCCUGGCAUCUGUUUAUCCUUCAGACCCUAACAGUAACGCUUUCCCUCCAUCGCCAUCCACUCCCUCUCGCUCACCCCAAGCUUUAUCAGGCUCUGCCUCACAGUGGACUCGCUCCUCAGGCCAGGCCACCCCUUCACCUAACUUUGAGUCUGGAAUUCAGUCUGUUCAGAGUAAAGUGGAGGACCACCUUGAUGAAGCCCUCAAUGUUCUUCAGCGACAUGCCAGCGGACAGGGAGGACCGGGACUUGCUGAAAUGCACAGCCUGCUGUCGGCUGGUUUGGGGAUAACACCGGGCUUUAACAGCGCAGCGCUUGGACUGGCCAGUCGCCUGCAAGAACUGGUUUCCAACCACCUUCAGGAUUCUGCUGGUCUGCCCUCUGGUGGAGGACUUUUGCAUCACGGCCCUUCAUCUGUUCAUUCAGGCUCCCACUCUGAUGUUUUUACAGGUCUGACUGGAAGCGGGAAUCGUUCCAGUGGCACAACUAUCAAGAGAGAGGAGAAGGAGGAUGAUGAGAAUUGUUCUGUUACAGACAAGUCAGAGGAAGACAGGAAAGAUCUGAAAGCUCGUCUUCGAACCAGUAGUCUGGAUGAUGAGGAAGACGAAGAAGAUCUACCAGUGGAGAUAAAGGCUGAGCGGGAGAAAGCACGGAGCAGCCUUGUCUCUUUGAGCGACGAGAACCUGACUGCAGAGGAGAAGGAGCAGAGGGAGCGCGAGCGUCGCCUGGCUAACAAUGCUAGGGAGAGAGUGCGUGUUCGCGACAUAAACGAAGCCUUCAGAGAGCUGGGCAGGAUGUGUCAGGUCCACCUGCAGAGCGACAAGGCCCAGACCAAGCUUGUCAUCCUGCAGCAGGCUGUCCAGGUCAUCCUGAGCCUGGAGAAGCAGGUGCGAGAGCGUAAUUUAAACCCAAAAGCCGCCUGCCUCAAGAGGAGAGAGGAGGAGAAAGUCUCAGCGCUCGACCACCAGAUGCAGCUGGGUGGGGGUCACCCCACUAUAGGAGGGGAUGGGCACAACCCUGUGAGCCAUAUGUGAUACUCAGUUCCUGUUGUCCAGCCCUAUGAACAUGUGGCCUUAUCGACCGUUGUUGUGCAUCUCAGUGCGUGAUAAUCACGCAAACACCUCAUUACUGACAAAACAGGCGGCCACAUUCCUGACCGUGAGAACAAAGAAGCUCACAGGAGAAAGUAAAAGAAUAAAAACCUUAGUCGACCUUUACGUGAAAGUUCUUGGGACUGUACACACUGCUUUCGGAGACAGUGAAUAAUGGACUAAAAGAAUGCUCUUAUGAUCGUGUAUUUGUAGAACAUUGUAAAAAAAAAAAAUUGCUUUAUACAUUGGGAGCAAAACCUGUUUGGAUCAAAUAACACUUUUGGAUCAAUUGCUCUUCUGAGUGAAGUUGGGAUUUUUCUUGUUAAGUAUUUAUUGGCAUUCCCAUCAGAAAAAAAGAGGUCUUACAUUCUUUACAAGCUGAGAAGGAUGGUUUGUAUCUGAAGAUUGAAGAAGAAAAAAGUUUAACCAUGCCUUAAUCAUGCCCUAUGUGUGGUGUUUGUUUUGACUCCUCCCCAUGGCUGGGCUGCAGAAGAUGGAGAUGUUGUGCCUCGCUAAAGCAUUGCAACCACAAAGAUCAGUGUGUUUUGUUUUGAAGAUUUUAUGUUAUACUCCCCAAACCAAGAAGUGUUAGAUUUUCAUAAGUGCUUCAAACAAAAAAAAAC